AAUAAAACGGUACAACUUGUUGUUCACCUGCAACAUCCGGGCAACUACCGGCAAUAAGGUCACGACGGUUGCCAGAAUGUUUCGGACCGUUUGCAAGAGUCUUGGAAAGAAGCAGGGGGUGACCCAAUUGUAUGGAUUAAACAGAUUGUGCUUAAAUCAAGCUAGAUGUAAUACUUCAUCAACCUCAGUGCAGACCACAGACAGUAAGGCCCCUUCAGAUCCACCCCUGUGGAAGGAGGAGGAUGGGUGGGUGGUUUUGGAUCCUCCCACAGAUAGCCAGGUGGUGGAGAAACUGGCCAAGCAGGAAGACUGGACAAAUGUUCACUACAUGACCCGACCCGACCUUUCUCAGCAGGAGAAGCAGUGGUUCAGGGAGGCAUAUAACAGCCCCACAAAACUCUACCCCCCAGAGAAAUUUCUACUGAAACGUGGAGGUAAUGUGCGUGUGGAGUACGUCCGUAUUCCUGUGGGUGCCACCAAGCGCCAGAUGAUAGAGAAGAGCUUUGUACCUCCGGAGGACGAAAAGGACAUAGCUCCGUUUGACCUGAGAAAACAGUGGGCCUGGGCUAAUAAGGUUCUGUUUGGUCCUCAGAGAGAUAUGAAAAACUUCCCCAGUUUUGUGAACCCAGGCCAGGUGCCUCAGCCUGAAACGGCUCACAAGUUUGUCCCGAGACCAGUGUUUGAUGCCAUGCAGCCCUACAGCGGAGUCACAGGAUUCUACGUGCUCACUGUUGGCGGUUUCUUUGCUGCGAUUGCUAAGGGUGUUCUCAUUGUCAGUUACCCCCUGGCUUACUUCUAUUACUUUGCCAUUCUUUGGGGCUUCACCAGACUGCCCCCUGUCAGGAGGUUUCUAGACAACAGAGUACCAUUCCUGGCUCAGAAACUGAAUGACAUGUAUUUCCAUCAACCAAUCCAAAACAAGAAAGAUCACAUCAGUGCUUGUAUCGCAGCAGCACAACAAACAAAGGACAUGAUCCAACAGCUUCCUAAACUCUACGACGUCCAAAUGGAAAACAUUGAUUUACAACUAGAAAACAACUACAGAGAUAGACUUAAAGAAGUAUAUACUGAAGUUAGAGCUCGUCUGGACUGCCAGUUAGCAUUAGGAGCCACAAAGGUUGAGCUUGAAAAAGAACACAUGAUCAACUGGAUUACAGACCAAGUUGUCAAAAAUAUCACUCCAGAUCUGGAAAAGAAGAACAUCCAGUCCUGCUUGGCCCAGCUACAAUCUCUCUCCCAGACCGCCAAGAUCUAGAGGAAUAAAGACCUAUAGAACAUUGUGAUAACUACAGAUUGUGUGGAGUUAUUUAUCGAACUGAUGACAAACUGUACAGGAUUUAAUGACAACUUCUUGUUGUAUUGAAUGAUAAAGAAAUGUGUGUUGAAUAUGAAUAAAUAUUCAGUGUA